AUGCUUAAAAAGCGCAAGAACGCAAGAGAGCCUUCUGCUCCUACUAAAAGUGCCGGUGGUGGCGGUGGCGGUGGAGAUUGGGACGAUACCCCAGCUGCUAAGCCACAGAAGGUGGUCUCCGAAUGGAGCGAUGAUGAGGACAAGGGCAAAAGCUCUGGCGGAGGAGGCGGUGGCGGAGGAAGGGGUGGAGGCUUUCGCAGGGGUGGAGAUCGUGAUGGAGAUGGCGAUGGAGGUGGCUUCCGUGGAGGACGUCGCGAGGGAGGCGGUGGCGGUUUCCGAGGCCGUCGCCAUGACAAUGAGGAUGGCGACGAGCGUCGUGGAGGCCGCGGAGGCUUCAACCGUGAGCGAGGAGAACGCGGUGAGAAAGGCGAAGGAGGCGAAAGACGUCGCCGUAAUGAUGACGAUGUAAACAAUAACAACGAGUUCGGCGAAGAGGGCGAGAAGAAACGCGAAUUUUACAUUCCGCCCGAACCGUCAACUGACGUCACUGAGAUCUUUAGCACUGGCAUCACUUCAGGAAUAAAUUUCUCUAAAUACGACAACAUUCCUGUUAAGGUAAGCGGCGAAAACGUGCCCAAAGCUAUCAAGAACUUUGAUGAGGCUCAAUUGCGCGCCGCUAUCCAGACAAAUGUGGUCAAAUCGGGCUACAAAGUUCCGACUCCGAUCCAGAAAGUCUCAAUUCCGGUGAUCGCCGAUGGCCGUGAUUUAAUGGCUUGUGCGCAGACUGGCUCGGGAAAAACGGCUGCUUUUUUGUUGCCGAUUCUCAGCAAGUUGCUGGAUGAGCCCCAAGAAUUUGAGAUUGGAAAGCCACAGGCGGUGAUUGUGUCUCCGACUAGGGAGUUGGCUAUACAGAUCUUCACCGAAGCGAGGAAGUUUGGCUACGAUUCGUAUCUGAAGAUCAGCAUUGUAUACGGCGGCACCUCGUUCAAGCAUCAGAACGAGUGCAUCACCAAAGGUUGCCAUGUUCUCAUCGCCACACCGGGCAGGCUGAUGGACUUUGUGGAGCGCACCUUCAUCACCUUCGAUCAUACACGCUUCGUUGUGUUGGACGAGGCCGAUCGGAUGCUGGACAUGGGCUUCUCAGAGACCAUGCGCAAAUUCAUGCACCACCAGACAAUGUGUCCGGACCACCAAACUUUGAUGUUUUCGGCCACAUUCCCGGAGGAGAUUCAGCGCCUGGCGGGCGAGUUCUUGAAUAACUAUGUUUUCGUUACCAUUGGCGUGGUUGGAGGAGCCUGUUCCGAUGUCCAGCAGACUAUUCAUGAAGUUAACAAGUUUAACAAGCGAAACAAGCUAAUGGAAAUCUUGCGUGAGCAAGCAGAUGGUACUAUUGUCUUUGUGGAGACCAAGCGCGGUGCCGACUUCUUGGCUUCGUUCUUGUCGGAAACCGAAUUCCCGACUACCUCAAUCCAUGGCGAUCGUCUCCAGAGUCAACGCGAGCAGGCCUUGCGUGAUUUCAGGAACGGCACCAUGAAGGUGAUCAUAGCCACUUCAGUGGCGGCCCGUGGACUCGAUAUUAAGAAUGUCAAGCAUGUGGUCAACUUUGACAUGCCCAACAACAUUGAUGAUUAUGUGCAUCGCAUCGGACGCACUGGUCGUGUGGGCAACAAUGGUCGUGCCACCUCGUUCUUUGAUCCCGAUCAGGAUCGUGCUCUCGCAUCGGACUUGAUCAAAAUUCUGGAAGGGUCGGGUCAGACGGUCCCAAGCUUCCUCAGCGAAAUGGGCGGCGGCGGUGGUGGUGGCUACUCCAACAGGUUUGGUGGUGUUGAUGUGCGAGGCAGAGGAAAUGCCGUUUCUGAUGCAACCAAUGCCGAGGACGACCAAGACUGGGACUAACUUUUAAAAUCGGGACUUAAAUGUUUAAAUGUUUCAAUUAAUAUUGACUGAGUCUUCGCCUCGUUAAAGUUCGAAGUUUCGUAGGCGAUAUAUAAGUACUAUAUAUAAAAGCCUUACCAUUACUCAAAUGCAAGAUAAGAAAAUUUGCUUGAAGAUUUAACAAUUAUUUCUUUUUCAAUGCGCUUAUGAUUUUAAGUUUAAAUAUAUAUAAUAAAACAGUUUCAAUUGAAAAAAAAAA